GUUAACGUACCAGUGUUAUGUCAGCUGUCGCCGAAUUGUGAAAUAGAAAUACGCAAUUUAUUUUGUAUUUUUUUCUAAAAUUGAUUGAAAGAAACGCACGAAGAUGACGAAAAAGAAAAUAAUGCCAAACCUCUCAAAAGAGGAGAAAAUGGUCAUAGUAAUAUCAGAGAUAAUACAAGAGUUAUUAAUCGCCCAUCGCCAAGGCAAAGAUGUUAACCUCAAUAAGAUGAAGACGCGAAUAUCUUCGAAAUACGGGCUCGGUACUUCACCGCGGUUAGUGGAUAUCAUAGCAGCCGUGCCAGCUGAUGCUAAGACCAUUUUACUGCCUAAAUUGAAAGCUAAACCGAUACGUACUGCAUCAGGUAUCGCGGUCGUUGCCGUUAUGUGUAAGCCACAUCGUUGUCCGCAUAUUAACUUCACGGGGAAUAUAUGCGUUUACUGCCCCGGCGGACCAGAUUCGGAUUUCGAAUAUUCAACACAAAGUUACACAGGCUACGAGCCAACCUCUAUGAGGGCUAUAAGAGCCCGGUACAAUCCAUAUUUACAGACUCGUCACCGUGUUGAACAGUUGAAGCAGUUGGGUCAUAGUGUUGAUAAGGUUGAGUUUAUUGUCAUGGGAGGUACCUUUAUGAGCCUACCAGAAGACUAUAGGGAUUAUUUUAUAAGAAAUCUUCAUGAUGCACUGUCAGGUCACACAUCAAGCUGUGUUGCAGAGGCGGUAAAGUACUCUGAGAGAGCGAAGACCAAAUGUAUUGGUAUCACAAUAGAGACAAGACCUGACUACUGUUUGCAGAGGCAUAUGAGUGAUAUGCUCAAUUAUGGGUGUACAAGGCUAGAAAUAGGAGUACAGUCUGUGUAUGAAGAUAUAGCUAGAGAUACAAAUCGGGGGCAUACAGUAAAAGCUGUGUGUGAGAACUUCAAUCUUGCUAAAGAUGCUGGGUUUAAGAUUGUAGUCCACAUGAUGCCAGAUCUACCCAAUGUAGAUUUUGAAAGAGAUGUUGAACAGUUUAUAGAGUUUUUUGAGAACCCAGCGUUUAGAGCUGAUGGAUUAAAAAUCUACCCAACCUUAGUGAUUAGAGGUACAGGACUGUACGAACUGUGGAAGACUGGGAGAUACAGAAGCUAUCCACCUUCUACACUUGUGGACUUGAUUGCCAAGAUAUUGGCUUUGGUACCUCCGUGGACGCGAGUUUACAGAGUGCAACGUGACAUACCCAUGCCACUUGUAUCGUCGGGAGUGGAGCACGGCAAUUUGAGGGAGCUCGCUCUAGCGCGCAUGGCUGACCUUGGCACGGACUGUAGAGAUGUGAGGACCAGGGAGGUUGGCAUACAAGAGAUACAUAACAAAGUUAGACCCUACGAGGUAGAGCUAAUACGACGCGAUUAUGUCGCCAAUGGAGGAUGGGAGACGUUCCUAUCGUACGAAGACCCGGACCAAGAUAUCCUAGUGGGCUUAUUACGGCUCAGAAAGUGCGCAAAGGAUACAUACCGACCGGAAUUGAAGUCAGGUCCUAAUUCCGACUUCAAGCAGUGCAGUAUUGUGAGGGAAUUACACGUAUAUGGUUCAGUUGUGCCGGUAAAUGCCCGAGAUCCUACAAAGUUUCAACACCAAGGUUUCGGUAUGCUUCUAAUGGAGGAAGCCGAGCGUAUCGCCAGAGUCGAACACUGCUCCGACAAAAUGGCCGUUAUAUCGGGAGUUGGUACGCGUAAUUAUUACGCUAAAAUUGGAUACCACCUGGAGGGGCCAUAUAUGGUUAAAAUGCUAUAAAAUUGUACAUAAACUGUUUUAAUAAAGAAUAAAAAUAUAAAGUACCUA